AAAAAUAUAUACCUGUAUCUUCCCCAUUACCGUUUGGCGCCUUAUUAUCAUUCAAUUCCAGAGCAUUGUAUAUCUCGAAGCUGCUGAUUCAGGGCAUUUUGUUCGAAAUCGGAGCAGGAUUAGUACAAUGUUAACAAUCCAGGUACUUUGAUACAUCAUUCUCUGCUGAUAUUGCCAAAUGGCAUGUUGCUGGGUUUCACACCAGCACUUACGCACAUUGUGGAGGCCAUUAUCAAAGUUGGAAGGCAUUUUUCCUCAAGUCAUUGAAAGGCAAGAAUCAAGUGCCAGAAGUCAUAUUUCUGUGCAUGUUCAAGAGCGGUAUUUCUCAGCUAGUUUGAACCUCAAGGAAAGCUUCAAACUACUAGACUAUCAAAAUCCUCCACGGAGCUAUGAACUAUCAAAAAAUAAGAAAUCCACAAUUCCUGUAGUUAUUGAGACAGGCAAGAUCAAUAAUCCAGCUGCUUCAGAGGUAAACUCAAAUGGUGCAGGGUCUACCUCAAGUGCUCGGUUGAUGCUAAUAGAUGGGACACAUGUAGUAUACAGAGCAUAUUACAAGAUAAUGGCAAAUCUGCGACAUGGUGGGCUGCAGCAUGCUGAUGGGAAUGGAGAUUGGGUUCUAACUAUCUUCAAAGCCAUCUCAAUUAUAGUUGAAAUGUUGGAGUUGCUUCCGUCCCAUGUAGCGGUGGUAUUUGACUAUGAUGGAGAGCCAUGUUGUUACAACCCUAACGAUUCAUGGCAACAAGUUCAAAUGUCAAAAGGUUUGACAUUCAGGCAUACUAUGUAUCCUGCUUAUAAGGGCAACCGCAUUCCUACUCCUGAUACUGUAGUUCAGGCUCUCCAAUAUUUGAAGGCAGCUUUGAUGGCCAUGUCACUGAAAGUUAUCGAGGUUCCAGGUGUAGAAGCUGAUGAUGUGAUUGCAACAUUAGCUGUUAAUGGAGUAGCUGCUGGUGCCAAGGUGCGGAUUGUGUCACCAGACAAAGACUUCUUCCAGAUCAUAUGUCCUUCAGUACGACUUUUAAGAAUCGCUCCUCGUGGAACGCAGGUUGUAUCAUUUGGCAUAGAGCAGUUUGCCGAGAAAUAUGGGGAUUUGAAACCAUCUCAAAUUGUAGAUGUAAUGGCACUUGUUGGAGACCCUAGUGAUAACAUUCCAGGGGUUGAUCGUAUAGGCCCUGUACAUGCAUUGAGGCUGAUCACCAAGUUUGGUUCUUUGGAGAAUCUAUUUCAGAAUCUCGAUAAAGUGUCAGAACGCAAUAUUCAAGAGGCCUUGUUAUCUGAUAAUGGUCAAGCAUUUCUUAGCAAGGACUUGGCAACUCUGAGGUGGGAUCUCCCAUUUUAUAUGGUUCCAUUUAAGACAACUGAUCUUCUUUAUAAGAAGCCCGAGGACCAAGGAGAGAAGUUUGUAAACCUUUUGAGAGCAAUGAGAGCAUAUGCUCAAGGUUCCUCUUCCAAAUUUAUUGAAACCCAAAUCUUUUCUCUUUGGGAAAAGUAUUAGUUGUCAUGGACACAAUUCAAUUGUUUAAUUUAGUACAUAACUUGUUUAUUGUUGUAGCGGCACUGAUUCAUGCUUGGUAGCAUAAAUUUUCUUUAAUUAAUAAUGUAGAUAGCUUUGUCCAAAAUGUUUGGAAAAGGGUGCAAUGAUAAAAGGUGGACACUGGCAUAUCUUUUGAUCAAUGUAGCAAUUUAGCAUUGUUCGUUCCUAGAAGAAGUUUGUGAUGUAAAGAACUAUGUCGAUUCAAAGUAAGAAAAUUGUACACAAGUCACCAUGUGCAAGUUCCUUCAUUUGAAAUCACUGAAUUAUGCUAUGUAAUGAUGAAAAUUGCAACAUGAUCAGAGUUAUGCCUUUUGAGCGGAUUGUCAUGGUUUUGGGUCCCAUAUUGAGAUUGCUUCAUUGGGAAGCACGAGUAUUAUAUGGACUAAACGAUACAGACCAUAGGAGAAACGUAAUUUACAAUAACAAAUUCAGAUA